GCAGCAUCAGCAAAGCCCAAGCAGCAGCUGGUGCCAGAUGAGAGGCUCACGCUCGAGACAGCUGCCUCGCGCGAGAAGUACUGGCUUGAUGAUUUGAUCGCCUGCAUCACUGCGCCAUUGCAGGUACUCCAGCGAGAGAUGGUGAAGAAGAGAGAGGUGAAGAGGCUGCUCCAGCUGGGCAUGGAAUUCGCCAUGACGAAGACGCUCACCAUCGGCGCCGCGGAGUUCACUGGGUGGAAAGCCCUCCGGAAGGAGUUGAGGACGCAGGUCAUCAAAGCCCACGGUGGCGCACUCCGAGUUGCCACGGGGAUUCCAGCUACUUGGACUGGAGACGAGGUGGUCGAUCUUUACCUGAACAGACUGGACGACUGGCAGGACGACGUCGAAGACGAGGUGUCGGGCUGCCGCGUGCGCAGGUGCCAGGGGGGCGAGAAGAAGAUGGAGGCCAUGCCGCAGAUGUGGAUGAAGUUCGCGCUGCACGCGCUCAAGGUCAUUGACGCCGCUGGGGCGCCCCCAUCAGUCGACAAGCUCUCGAGUGGUGGCGCGUUCAAGGAGAAGGCUGAUAUCACCGAGAUGAUCUCGCAGAGGGUUCUCUACUUCCGUCGCGCCGUUUAUUCGCUCGUUCAGGGCCCCGAACAGCUCACCAACAGAGACUUCGGCUUCCUCGUGGACAUCGUGUACCACGGUCAGAACGAACCGGCACAUCUCUUCGAGAAUGAGAAGACCACGCCUCACAGCUGGGCUGCUUUAUGGUGCUCUCUCUUUGCUGAUGCCUACGCCCCAGUCCAGAAUGAGGAAGAGAUGCCAGCUCCCCGUGGCGCAAAGUUUCUCAGCGGAUGGGCCCAGACCAAGUUGAACGAGGAACGCGAGGCCGCCGCGCGGGUCCAGGACGAGGCCGCCCAGCUCGAGGAGAAGAGGGUGGCGGAGAGGCGGGCAUCACUAUCUUCGCUCCCAGCCAUCAGAGCCUCGUGGAAGGCCGAUGAUAAUGACUUGCCUGCGUGCGCGAUGCACUCGUUGAUCCUCCAGCUAGAGAGCAAGCUGAUGGAGAUGGCCAUGCAGGCGUCGAACGUCGGAGUCCUGAAGCCAGACAUGCGCGUAGGGCUCCUGCACGCAGACCCCUACGACAACGAUGUGCGCAUCAUGUUCAUCAACAGCGGCGAGGUCGCGGACCCCGAAGAGAUGGCGCUGAACCUGAUAG